AUGGAGCACCAUCCUCCACACUCUACGACGCUCGACAUCUUUCCUGAGCCCCAUCGCCGCCAGUCUUCCGCCUCCUCGUCGGCCGCUCGAACCUCCGACCCUCCUCGAAGCCGUCCCAGCCCUUCACGCUCAGCACCCAGCAGCGCUUCGUUCGACUCAAGGUCUUCGGAUAGACACGAUGGGCCAGGAAAGAGGCAGCGGGGUCGGGGGAGCCUGCCGUUCUACAGCAUACCGGGGCAACCGGAUGCAGCGGGUCGAAGACGAGCGGGACAGGCGAGAGGAUGGGUUCCCUCGCGCUUGCGAGGCGGUCGAAUACGUUGGCUGGUGUUGCUGCUACUGGUGGCGGUGAUUUUGCUGUGGCGCUCGCGAGAUGUGGAUGUGGAAGAUGCGACUCCUUUAGUGGUCGACGACGUCGAGACGGUUUCGCCGAUGGAGGAGACCGUUCCUGGGGCUGAAGAAGCACCUCCGGUCAAGGUCGAGUGGUUCGAAGCCCCUGCCGCUCCACAUCCUCCGCCACCACCGCCUAAAGUGCGACCUCAACCCGCUCGACCGCCUUCUCCUCCAACUUCCCACACCCAGCCCAUCGACGUCGACGUCUCGCCGCAUGCAUCUGCCACCCGCUCCCUCUCUAACGCUGACUCCGCGUUCGCCGACCGCUACCUCGCCUACUCGCCGCACUCGGGCUAUCACAACCAGCGCAUCUCGCUCGAGAACGCCCUUACCCUCGCCUUUCUCCUCAAGCGUACCCUUCUACUCCCACCCGUCUGGCUCGGCCACGCCAUCCCCUAUAUCGCGUUCGACAAGCUCCAGCGUCGCCUCGAAAUGGCGAGCAAGGAGGGACUCGAGCACUGCAUCGAGUUUGGCGAGGGCUCGAACGAGGAUCCGAUCCCGCGCGAGUGCGACGGGUUCUGGGACUGGACGACGGUCGACUGGUCGUGGCUCGUCGAUCUGAGCGAGACGGAGAAACUCGUCCCGCUCAAGCGCAGGGCGAACCUCUCGAUGGACUGGCUGCACGACAAGCUUGGCCUUCGCAAACCGGACAAGCGCGGUGAGAGUCCGGAUGUCUGGCGGCUCAGGGACGACACGAUGUACCAGUACCGCUUCUACGACUCGGAUGACGACCAGGAGCCGCUCGACAAGUGGGGCAACCGUAUCGACGUCGACAAGCUCCGCGACGAGACGGACACGUUCAAGCUCGUCCACGUCGGCAGCAUGUUCGGCACGAACCGCUUGCGCGUCACCCGCGACGACAGCUUCGACGCCCGCUCGACGUUCCGCAAGUCGAUGGUUUUCCGGACCGAGGUCGUCGACGAGGUGACGGAGCAGGUUCGGGACAUGCUUGGCGGCGAGGGCAACUACUACGGUUUGCACUUGCGCGUUGGCGACGGCGUUUUCCAGCAGAACGCUCCGCAGAACAUGCGCGGCGUCUGGGACAAGCUGUGCGAGGACAAGAUGGGCCUUGACGUCAAGUUGUGCGAAGAGGUCAGGCGGAGUAGCGAGACGAAGAGGCUCGCCCGGCGGGGUCUUGUCGACAGUUCGCCUCCGAAAAGUACCAUCGUCAAGCGCGCCAACUCUCGACCGCAGCGAGCCGGAGCGUACAAGCAUGCCCCUCUCCCGCCUCUCCCGACAGUUCGUUCUCGCUCCGACUCCCUCCUCUCUCCCGAACUCGCCUGCCGCUCUCCGCUCCACACCGACGAACGGCUGCUCCCUUUCAACGCGCCUCUGUUCAUCGCGACAGACUCGAAGCUCCCGCACGCCGACCCCAACCUUGCCGUCUUUUUCGACGCCUUCCCCUGCACCUUUGUUCUCUCCGACUUCUCCUCGCUUCCCAGCAUCGGCAAGCUGAACCGCCUGCGCAACAAGGACGACAAGACGCCUCUCGCGCAGUUCCUCUACCCGCAACUCGACGCCCAGAUCGCUGCGUGGGGUCGAGGACUCGUUGGCACGCCGCAGAGCACGUACAGCCGCUUCGCCAUUGACGUCCUGCAUCAAGUCUACCAUGGGUGGGACAUUGUCGAGCGCGGAUGA